AGUUGGUGAGAAGUCUCGGAGCUCAGACUUGGAUUAUCUUCCCUCAAACCCCGGGAACUGUCUCUGCUUCUCCUGCAGGAUCACAGCCGAUUUUUUCUAUAGGCUUUAUUGGCGUUUUCAACAUUUUUUUCACUUAUUUUCCCUUUUUUCGACGUGUGUCACGUUUUUCAACGUUUUGGGCAUUUUUUCUGACAUUUCUGUCGCUUCUUUCAACGUCUUUGGACCCUUUGUUGCCAUUAUUAUCUUGCCCAGCAUUGCCUCCCUCCCCUGCCUGUAUGCCCCGGGCCGGCCCUGUGCAGGACUCUCUCCGUCCGAUGGAUAACUCGUGCUACCUGUGCGCGCUGUUUCUGCUCGCGCUCUCUCUGGAGGGCAUCAUGUGCCAACACUACUAUCUCCUCCGGCCCAUUCCCAGCGACACUCUGCCCGUUGUGGACCUACGGGAGGACCCGGACCCGGCGCUGGACCCCCGGGAGAAAGACCUGAACGACACGGAGCUCCGGAGCGCGCUGGGCAGCCACUUCGACCCGCUGUGCAUGUCGCUGUCCGCGCCGCCGCCGGAGGACAGGCACGCGCCCGGUGGGAGUGAGGAUGUAACCGAGGCGGAGCUGCGAUACAGGCUGUCUGGAGCCAUGCCCAAAGACAUCAGGGCCAUGGAGUUCGAGGUCCAGCACGGUCGGAAGCAGAAGCCGAGUAAGAAGCUGCGCCGGCGGCUGCAGCUGUGGCUGUGGUCGUACACCGGCUGCCCGGUAGUGUCCGCGUGGAGCGACCUGGGCACCCGCUUCUGGCCGCGCUACCUGAAGGUGGGCAGCUGCUACAAUAAGCGCUCCUGUUCCGUCCCUGAAGGGAUGUUCUGCAAACCUGCCAAAUCCACUCAUUUAACGAUCCUGCGAUGGCGCUGCCUGCAGAGGAAGGGGGGGCUGAAAUGCGCCUGGAUACCCGUUCAGUACCCCGUUAUAUCCGAGUGCAAAUGCUCGUGCCACAACUGAAAAUCCAAACUUUAUUUUUUAAUGAUUGUUUUCAGACAUUUUACGAGCCGUUUCAACUCUGAUGAGUCAGACAAAAACAGGUUUUCUUGCAGCAGAGUGAAGAAAUGUGUCUUUCUUCCAAACAUUUCAACAUUUUUAUGUGACUGCAAACGCUCGUGCCUUCAACUGAAAACGACUCUGCAACCAAAAUCAGAUUUUUCUGAUUAUUUUCAGACACAAGCAGAGAUCUUUACGAGCUGUUUAAACUCCAAACAGACUAAAACUGGUUUUCUUGCAGAAGAGUGAAGAAAUGUGUCUUUAUUUCAAACAUUUCAACAUUUUGUGUGAGUGCAAAGAGCGACUAAAUCAAACUUUUUGGAGUACUUUCAGACACAAGUAGUGAUCUUUACGAACCUUUUAUAUCUGAGUGCAAAUGCUCACUGAAAAGACCCCUAAAAAACUGUGAUCUUUAGGAGCAUUUAUGGAAGAGGAUUGGGGCCAUAUGUAAAAAAAAAAUGUACUUUAGUUCUGAGUUU